AAAAAAAUAAAUAUAAAGUCUCUUCUUUUUCUCAACUUGUUAACAUUCUCCAUUUGUACACUGCAAUCGUGGAGAAUCUUCGCUCUGCCAAACGCCGUUUUUGGGAAUCCGAGUUGUUGUUUUUGUGUUUUUGCUAGAUUUAUGGUUUUUGUGCUUUUGAUUUUGGUUGAAGAAUGAAACAGCUAGAAAAAGGUCCAUGAGCGACCAUUCUCACACCAUGCUAGUAAUUUAUGAUAGGACGGAGGUUGGUGUGAACUUGUUUCGCUGAUUCAAGGGUUGCGCAUCACCUGUAAUUGGUUUUGUGUUGAGACUAAAAUGUCUGCAUCAGGGUUUGAAGGGCAAUGUAGUAAUGACGAGAGUAGAGAGAGGAGGUCUGAUGUUGAGAACUCCGAAGAUGAGAGGAGGCGGUCGAGAAUUGGGAACUUGAAGAAGAAGGCGAUGAGUGCUUCUUCCAGAUUCACUCAUUCUCUUAAGAAAAGAGGGAAAAGGAAAAUUGAUUACAGGGUUCCCUCUGUGUCUAUUGAGGAUGUAAGAGAUGCUGGGGAGGAGACUGCUGUCCAUGAAUUGCGCCAAAAACUUGUUGAAAGGGGUUCUUUGCCUCCUAGGCAUGAUGACUACCAUACAUUGUUAAGGUUUCUUAAAGCCAGGGAGUUUAACAUUGAGAAGACAAUUCAGAUGUGGGAGGAAAUGCUUGUGUGGCGAAAGGAAUAUGGAACUGAUACUAUUCUUGAGGAUUUUGAAUUUGGAGAGCUGGAAGAAGUACUGCAGUAUUAUCCUCAAGGGUACCAUGGGAUUGAUAGGGAAGGUAGGCCAGUUUACAUUGAGAGACUUGGGAAAGCCCAUCCAAGCCGCCUAAUGCGCAUAACUACAAUAGAUCGAUAUUUGAAAUAUCAUGUCCAGGAGUUCGAGAGGACUCUGCACGAGAAAUUUCCAGCAUGUUCCAUUGCAGCAAAGAAACGGAUUUCUUCGACAACAACAGUAUUGGAUGUACAUGGCCUGGGAAUGAAAAAUUUCUCACGUACUGCUGCAAGUCUUUUGUCUGCUAUGGCAAAAAUAGAUAGCAGUUACUAUCCAGAGACAUUGCAUCAGAUGUAUAUCGUCAAUGCUGGUUCUGGAUUUAAGAAGAUGCUUUGGCCUGCUGCACAGAAGUUUCUUGAUGCCAAAACUGUUGCUAAGAUACAGAUUGUUGAACCUAAGUCUUUAUAUAAAUUACUGGAAGUCAUUGACUCUAGUCAGUUGCCAGACUUUCUGGGUGGUUCUUGUACAUGUGCUUCAGAAGGUGGAUGUCUUCGGUCUAACAAGGGCCCAUGGAAUGAUCCUGACAUCAUGAAGCUGGUACAUAAUGAGGAGGCAAAAUUUGUGAGGCAAAUCAUUAAAUUACCUGAUGGACAACACAAAUUUGACUCCUUUCAAAUGCUCCACCCGUUGAAGGAACGGUGCAGUGAUACAUCAACAGCUGAAUCGGGGUCUGAUAUGAAUGAAUACUCCUCUCCCAACAGAUACAGGAGCUGUCCCUAUCCUUAUUUAGCCCCAGUUCGCGAAGAAGUUAAAGUACCAGAUCGCAAUGGCUACUACAGUUGUGAUGAUAGCUCUCUAGCAGUGGAGAAAGUGAUUGAAAGUGAUCAUUUUCGCCUUAAUCAAGAGCAGCCAGUGCAAAGUAAUGAUGGGAAUGUUUCUUGUAGAACAGAUUCAAGAGAUUCGAAUUUUGGAGAACGCAGAACAAUAUUCACAUCAAUUACCGUGGACCAUAACAUUCAUAACCAUUCAGCAGCUGUUGAAUCAGGUUCUGAAAGAGAAUAUAUUCUUCCGUGUAUACAACGUCUUCAGAGACUAGAAAUCUUUGAGGAACUUAGCAACAAACCUGAUGGUAUGCCUCAGGAGAAGGAGAAAAUGCUAAGUUCCAUGAAUAGGAUAAAAUCCGUUGAGUUCGACCUUGAACAGACCAAGAGGGUACUACAUGCUACAGUGAUGAAGCAGCUUGAGAUUGCUGAGUUGCUGGAGAACUUGAAGAAAACAAAGUGCCGACAAAGAAGACUAUUCGUUGAAUCAUUUAAACGUUCAGCAACACAGGUCGUAGGCACCACAAAAUAUUAUUUACAUCAAAGAGAAGACACAGUGCAAGCUCACACUUAGAUUGGACCAACCAAACCUGAGGCAAAAAAGGACACAUUUCAAGCAUAAUAAGUUUUGGUAGAGCAUACAUAGAAACACGAGGAAUCGAGAUGGUACACAGUCCACUUUCUUUCUAUAAAUAGGAUUAUAAUAAUAUAUAAUAUAGAUUUCCUUUCAAAUCUUCUUUGUAAUUUUUGGUAGUAAAUAAAUAGGUGUAAAGGUGUAAUUAUGCAUGGACGAGAUAUAUUCUCUUAAGUUUUAGACAGUUUGAGAAUAGAAAGAAAAUGAAAAGGUUUAUACAGCAGAAAGUUUAGUAAACCCCUCCCCUUUUGUUGCAGCUAAAGGAUUUUGAAAAUGUUUUUAAGAAACAUUGGAACGAUUUUAAGAAACAGUAUUGGAAUGUUAGAUAUCUAUUUUCCAUGUUGGUGGUGCAUGUAAGGGUUGUUCAGCUCUCAAACUGUAUUCAUUAUCACAAAUUUGGAAGUAGUAGUACUAAACCACUUCAGCUCAAA